AUGUUCUUUUACUCUCUAAAAGAUUGUCUCCUAAUCAUUCUAUUUACAUAAUGUAAUAAUAUGAAUAAUUUUAGUAACUCUGAGUUGUAGUGAUGGCUAAUUUAAUUUAUUAGGAGAAUGUGAAAAUUGUUUAUUUGGUUGUAAAAUCUGUCCAUCUGCAGAUGAUUGUACAACUUGUUUUGAUGGAAAAUUCAAAUAAACUAUUAUUGGAGUUGAUUAUUGUAUGCCUUGUUCUUCAUAUUGCAAGAAAUGUACUUCUGCAAGUGUAUGUUAAUUAUGUUAGGAUCAUUAUUAUCUUAAUGGAAAUUCAUGUGUUUAAUGUGCUGCUUCUUGUGGAAAUUGUUAAACAACAAGUACAAAUUGUAUUUCAUGCACUGUUGGAUUUUUGUCUAAUACAUAAUGUAUAUCAUGUACAACACCUUGCUUAACAUGUGUUGAUAAUUCUACAAAAUGUACAUCAUGCAUUGAUAAUAAUAAAAAUGCAAUAGAUUAUCAAUGUGUAUGUAAAAAUGGAUAUUAUUAAGAUGGAUCUAAUGUUUGUAAUUUAUGUAAUUAUCCUUGUUCUACAUGUCUAAAUAAUGCAAAUUUCUGUACAAAUUGUUAAACACCAUUUUAAUUAAGUUCUACUAUAUUAAAUACAUGUGAAUGUUAAGCAGGUUAUUAUUAGGAUAUUAAUUAAACUUGUUAAUAAUGUCUGGAACCUUGCAAAACUUGUUAAUAAUCAGUUACUUAUUGUUUAAGUUGUGUUGAUGUUAAUUAAGAUAUAAAUUAUACAAAUAAUACUUGUUUCUGUAAAACAGGAUGGAUAUUUGAUUUAAAUAAUAUAAACUGUGUUCAAUGUUAAUUACCAUGUAUAGAAUGUAUUGAAACAAUAAACAAAUGCAUUACUUGUAAUGAUGUAAUCCAUUAAUAAGGUGAAACUUGCAGUUGUGAAUCUGGAUGGAUAAAUGAUUAAAAUUAUAUAUGUAUUCAAUGUGAGAAACCUUGCAAAACUUGCUCAUUAUCUACUAACCAAUGUUUAACUUGUGAAGAUCCAAAUCAUUAUUUGAAUGAGUCUUAAAGUUGUGUAUGCAAACCUGGGUAUUUCUCAAAUACAUUAUCAACUUGUCUUAAAUGUUAAGAACCUUGUAAUGAAUGUAAUAUUAAUGGUUGCAUAAAUUGCAUAGAUAUUAAUUAAGUAUUAGAUUCUAAUUUUAUUUGUAUAUGUAAGGACAAUUAUUAUAUGAAUGGAAUAAAUUGUUAUCAAUGUUAAUAACCAUGUUAUACAUGUAUAGAUUCAUAUGAUAAAUGUUUAACAUGUUUAGAUCCAAAUUAAUAAUUGAAAAACUAUUAAUGCGAAUGUAAAUCAAACUAUAAUAAGAUUCAAGAUAUAUGUUGCCAUAAAAAUUGUGAAUAUUGUUUAGGAAUUGAUAAUUGCAAUAAAUGCAGGAAAGGAUAUUUUUUAAAUGGUAAAAGUACAUGUUUAUAAUGCAUUGAGAAUUGUGAAUUUUGUACUAAUUAAAUUCGUUGUGAAACAUGUAUAAAUGGUUUUUUUGUUGAUAUCUAUGGUUAAUGUAUAAGUUGUAAAACUAAUUGUAAAAAUUGUACAAAUUAAUAAGAUUGUAUAUAAUGUAAUGAAGGCUAUUAUAUUCAAGAAAAUGAAUGUUUAUAAUGCAAUGAAAAUUGUAAAAGUUGUAUUAAUUCAUCUGAAAUAUGUUUAAGUUGUAGAUUAAAUUAUGAAAUUAACCCAUUUAAUAAUAAUUGCUAAUGUUUAAAUGGUUAUUAUGAAUUAGAUAAUUAAUGUAAAUAGUGUAUUUAUCCUUGUAUAUAAUGUUUUAAUUCAGAUGAAUGUAAAGAAUGUGCUUAUAUAUCAAAUAUAUUUUUAAAUGAACAAAAUAAAUGUUAAUGUAAUUAAGGUUAUUAUUUUUAUGAAAAACAUUGUUUAUCCUGUGAUUCUACAUGUUAAACUUGUGUUGAUAAUUCUAUGAAUUGUUUGACUUGUGAUUAUGAUAAAUUUAGAAUUUUUAUAGGUAAUUCAUGUCUAUGUAUCAAUAAUUAUUUUGAAAAUGAAAAUAAAAUAUGUAUGUCUUGUAAUUCUGAUCAAGGUAAAGUUAUUUAAAGUUGUAAAUAUAAAAAUUCUACUGAUUUUAUUUGGACAUAUGGAGAGGAAUGUGAUGAUGGUAAUUAAAUAAAUAGAGAUGGAUGUUCAAAUACAUUAAUUGAUUAAAAUCAUUCAUGUUUCAACAUAAUUCUGUAAAAAUCUAUUUGCUUUCAAUGUCCAUCUCAUUGUAUUAAAUGUGAAUUAGAUUUAAUUAAAGAUAAACCAAUUUGUAAUAAAUGUGAAUCUGGUUAUUUCUUAGAUCUAAAUUAAUGUGUUUAAUGUCAAAGGAAUUGUUUAGAAUGUAUAAAUACACCAUUUAAUUGCCUAACUUGUAGAUACUUAAGAAAUUAAAUGAAUUAAUGUCUUAAUUGUGAAAUUUCAAUGGGUUAUUACAUAGAUGAAUAGAAUCUUAAAUGCUAUUCAAAAUGUGGUGAUGGCAUAAAAACAGAGGAAGAGGAAUGUGAUGAUGGUAAUAAUUUAAAAAAUGAUGGAUGUAAUUCACUAUGCUAAUUAGAAAAAUAUUAUAUUUUAUAGAAUAACAUUAGUAUUAUACCUGUGUAUCCAAAACCAUAUUUAUAAAGUUUAGGUAAUUCAUAACUUUAUUCAAACAAUAGAUAAUUUAAAUUAUCUUAUAAUGUAGAAUUAAUAAUUAAGGAUGACUUUUAAAUAAAAGAUUAUAUAUCUUUACAUAUCUCGAAAGAAUAAAUUAUUUAACCGAUUGAUUAGUAAUUCGAACUAAUUUAAUCGAUUCAAUAAUUGGAUGAACCAGGCAAAGCAAUACUUUCUCUAAAGAUAUCAAUAUCAUUCAAUAGAAGUUCAAGAGAUGAAAGCCUUUUAAUAAGAUUUCAUAAUAAUACUAAAUUCGUAUCAUAUUUAGGGUACCCUCAAUUAGAUAAUGAGAUUAAAUGUAUAAUUCCAAAAUUAAUUUUUAUUGAAGACACAACAAUUCUAUAAGUCAAGAUUACAACCUAAAGCAAUUCUUAUAUCUUGUAUUUUAUUGGAGCUAUAUUUGGAGGCUCUGUAUUUUUUGGAGGGAUUAAUGUAUUUUAUAAUUUAUUAGAUAAUCUUUAAAUGUUAUCUUACUUUAAGUAUUUAAAUAUAGAGUUUCCAUAUAAUUUAAAUAUGUACUUUGAUAUUUUUGGAUUUGCUUAAAUUAAUUUCAUUUAAAAAAUAUUUGACAUCUCUGGAUUUCUAGAUAAAAUUAUAGAUUUAAACUAACUUAAACAAUCUCCAAAAAAAAUAGCAAUUGAUAAUUUAACCCCUUUAUUCUUAAUCAAUAUGUCAACCAUAUUAACAAUUUGGAUAUCUCUAGGUGGAAUUUAUUAAAUUUCUAAAGUAAUACCUAAAUUCUUAAAUUCUAUUAAAAUCAAAUUUUAUUCAGAUUUUAAUUAAGAUUCAUGGCUUAUUAAAAUUGGUAUAUAUUAUCUUAAAAUCAAAAAUAUUAUCAUAAAAAUUUGUUUUAUGAUAACAUCGGAAUUAUUUUACAGUGGUCUAUUGAGAGUUCACAUGACAACAGCUUAUGAUUACACUUUCAGCAUAGCACUUUAAUUAUAUUCAAUUGAGUUAUACUCAUAAAAUGGAUUAGUUUUUUUAAGUUCUUACAUAGGUCUUUUAGCUACUGGAUUUUAUUUGAUAAAUAUUUACUAUAUUAUUUAAAUUUCGGAAAUGAAUAAAUAUGCAAUUAAAAGUACAUCUGUUAAAUAAAAAUAUGGAUCUGUUUUUGAAGGAUUGCAACAUAAACCAAUCUCAAAAUAUUUCAACUCGAUUUUAUUAAUUAAGAAAUUAAUAUUUAUGAUUAUAUUAGUUUUUGCCUAUGAAUUUCCACCUUUCCAAGUUUGUAGUAUUACAUUACUAUCAGUUUUGAUGAGCCUUUUUAUUAUAAUAUUUAAGCCUUUAGAUGAUUUUAGUGAAUACAUUAAAUAAUUAUCCUGCGAAAUUAGCAUAACCUUUACUUUGAUUUUCAUAAUAUUUUUAACUAUCAAUAAUGAACUUCAAUUUCUUACAUAUGAAAUAGAAUAAAAAGUGGGUUGGGUUUGUAUAUUUUUUAUGACAUCCUUGUUAUGUAUACAAUUAGUUGUUGAUACAAUUUAAUAAUGGAAGUUUCUUUAUAAAAGAUACAAAUAAAUUAGAAAUUUGGUUAAUGCAUUUUUACGGUUUGCAUAUCCUCCAGAACCAAAGAAAGCAACAUUUAAGAUUUUAGAAUGA